UAUUUCCACUUCCAGUCUCAGCUUCUCUCCAGUCUCCAUACCGAAAUGGCGACGGAGGAGAACAGUAGUAAAAUCGCGAGGAGGGCAGAGCCGGGAAUCGGCGAUGAUGAAGACAGGCUCAGCUCGUUACCGGACCAAGUCCUCUCCCACAUCCUCUCUUUGUUGGAAACCAAGUACGCCGUCGCUACCGCAGUUCUCAGCCGACGGUGGGAAGAACUCUGGACUAGGGUUUCCAUUCUCGACCUCGACAGCCGCUUGGUUUACGAAGAGGAGGAGCUAGAACCUGAUUCAGAAGCAGUUUUAGAGAGGAGAGAAUCGGAGUUCUGCCGCUUCGUUGACAAGGUACUGGGCCAGCACAAGAAUCUCGAUUCUCUUACUCGUUUCCGCUUCCAUUUCUCAAAUGGGCACCGAAAGGUGAUUUCCGAAACUAGGUUUAAGAGGGAAUUCGUGUUUGGUCCUCCAAUGGAGGAGAUUGAUGUCAUGAUCCGCGGUAAAAGUAAAUUCGGAAUUCACCUAUGUAUCCGCUGCAUUCCAGAGAGCUUCUACACUUUGAGGAAUCUGAAAGUUGCCAAGCUUUCGGGGGUUAUGCUGGGUGCUGUAAACCAGACUGCUUUUCUUCCAAGUGUGAAGAUUUUACGGCUUUAUCGUGUCGAAAUGAAGGACAGUGAAUCAUUAGACAGGCUCCUUUGUGGUUGCCCUGUCUUGGAGACUCUUCAUCUGAAGAAUUGCCGCCUCUCUGACAUGAACGAGGGAGAUAGAGUCGAGGUUUCCUUACCAUUGUUGAAGAACUUGAAAAUUAGCCAUUAUGCCAUAUGGGAUGGUGCCAUAUGGGAUGGUCCAAUGUGUCCCAUUGUUAUUGAAGCGCCAAAUCUCGAAGAUCUUUAUGUCGACAAUUUUGCAGAGUUGCAGUUGAAUGGCACAAAUCCGUUGCCAUGCCUUCAUUCAGCACAUGUAGAUGUACAGGUCAAGAGUUAUAGUGCCGUGAUUCAGCUCCUCUCUCAAAUCUCCAAUGCAAAGAAACUGAAUUUAUCCCGGGUGACUCUGAGUCCUUUGUCAGCUGUCGAUUAUGUUCAACUGCCUGUCUUCCCCAAUUUGACACAUUUGACAGUUGAAAUCGGGGAAUUCCAGGGCAGUAUCUGGCACUCUUUGCUCAAGUCAGCCUCCAAACUACAAUCGCUUGUCUUUGAUAAGGUGAUCUCUGUGUUCAUUUGUUUGGUAUCCUCCUUCGAAAACUGUUCUAAUGAAUCUCUACGUGAAGCAGGAGAAAACCAGUGGAGUAGAGAGAAUGAGGUGGGAGGAUUUAGAAACUGCUAGCACGCCAGAGUGUUUGUUAUCAAGUGUGGAAGAAAUCAAGAUCAAGGAUCUUGCAAUAUAUCCAGGAGUGAAGAAAAUUAUAGCAUAUUUGCUCGGGGCUGGAGCUGUUCUGAAGAAGGUCAAUAUGCACCCCAAUUGUACCUAUCUUAAACUGAAGGGUCACAAAGAUUUCAUGCCACUACUGGAACUUCCAAAAAGAUCGAGUGCUUGUGAAGUCGAGCUUUUCUUUUUUGACGACGAAGAUUUCAGCAGGGAUAGCGAUGCUGAGAGCAACACCAGCGACGACGACAGAGAAGAUGUUUUUCUUUGAAGCAUGUUGGUGGGCAACAAAGGAGGCUCUGAAAUCACAUGAUGAAACUUGCUCUAUACUCUUGUGGUCUUGGGCUGUUUCAGAAGCUUGGUCUUUGCUCUAAGUUUUACUAGACAUGGAAUGUUGGAUAAACAUGAAUGAUUUAUCACCAUGUUUGUCACUUUUGAGUAAUGCCCUCGUGGUCCACCCCCUAGAAAGAAAGAAAGAAGAGUGGCAAAUUGGUAGAGUCUGCUGUGAUUCUUUCCAUUGUCUGUUCUGUUCCUUCCACUUGCACAGUUCCACCCACCCCCUCCUCCUCCCAUUAUUGCUGUAUUGUAUUUGUAUUGCUUCCUUUGACAAUCUGCCUUUGCUUUCCCUUUUCCUUUCUUCCCCAUUUCGAAUCUGG